AUGCGAGCAAUGUCUGCGGAUAAUUUUUAUCGUAUGAUGAUACUCCUCGAGGAAGCAAUUCCUGAGUCUAAAGAUGAGAAUAUCAAAGCAAACGCUACACAUGACUUUGUCGACGAGGUUGUGCUGCCCAUGCAGGUUGACGAGCUUGAUGUACUAAACAAAUGGUUUGACAAGUUUGAUGAGGAGAUCUGCUUGCCGAAUGAAGGAUACAUAAAGUAUGAGAUUAGUAGCGAUGGCCUUAUUGUUUUGAUGGUAAGCCAGGAGAGAAGUUCGAUUGUAAACCAAGUUAAAAACUUUGUCGCCAAAAAUCCUCUUGAUAAUGUGCUCGAGGAACCGUUAACAGAUUAA